CUAGGAAUCACUGCAAGUGGAAGUAAGGGGAGCUGUCUGCAGGUGAGAGUGGGAGGGGCUCCUGUCUGCAGGUGAGAGUGGCAGGGGCUCCUGGCUGCAGGUGAGAGUGGGAGGGGCUCCUGGCUGCAGGUGAGAGUAGGCAAGGAUAGAUCAGAUUCAGGAAGUGAAGACAGAGAGUAAAUGGAGAAAACAGAUUGAAUUAGGCAAAGGACCCAGGUAGGAUAUGUGUCUGAGGCAAUAGACGUGUGUAUUACUGUACACCUGAGUGUGAGCUGUAUAUUCGCUGUAUUCUUGUGUGUAUGCUCUGUAUAUUAAACUUGAUGUAGAUUUGUGUUUAUCUAUAAAUUUGACUGUAUAACUGUGUGUGUGUAUUACGGUGACUAUAUGUCUGUGAGUGUGUGUAUAUUAGUGUGACUGUAUAACUGUGUGUAUAUUAAUGACUGUAUGUCUGUAAGUGUGUAUAUUAGUGUGACUGUGUGUAUAUACAUUGGUGUAACUGUACAACUGAGAAUGUGUGUGUAUAUUAGUGUGACUCUAUACGUGUGUGUAUAUUAAUGACUGUAUGUCUGUGAGGGUGUGCAUAUAAAUGUGACUGUGUGUAUAUUGUUUGACUGUGAGAGUUUAUAUACAAAUGUGACUGUAUGUCUGUGUGUGUGCAUAUUAAUGUGAGUGCAUAUUAAUGUGUGUGUGCAUAUUAGUGCGACUGUGACUGUGUAUUAUAAUGGGACUGUAUAUCUGUGUGUGUAUAUUAAUGUGACUGUAUAACUGAGUAUGUGUAAAUUAAUGUAACUUUGUGUGUAUAUUAGUGUGACUGUAUAACUGUAUGUGUAGAUUAAUGUAACUAUGUAUGUAUAUUGGUGUGACUGUAUAACUGGCAGUGUGUGUAUAUUAAUGUGACUGUAUGUGUGAGUAUAUUAGUGUGACUGUAUAACUGAGAGUGUGUGUAUAUUAGCGUGACUGUAUGUCUGUGUGCGUGUAUAUUGGUGUAAGUGUGUGUGUGUAUAUUAGUGUGAUUAUAACUGUCAGUGUGUGCAUAUUAAUGUCACUGUAUGUGAGGUGUGUGCAUAUUAAUGUGAUUGUAUGUGGUUAUGUGUAUAUUGGUGUGACUGUAUGUCUGUAAGUGUGUGCAUAUUAUUGUGAUUGUAUAACUGUAAGUGUGUAUGUUAGAGUGACUGUAUGUCUGUGUUUGUAUAUUGUAUAUUUGUAUAACUGUGACUGUGUGCGUGUGUAUAUAUUAUCAUGACUGUAUUGGUUUGACUGUAUAAUUGUGAGUGUGUAUGUGUAUAUUAAUGUGACUGUGUAUUUUAGUGUGACUAUAACUGUGAGUGUGUGUAUAUUAAUGUGAUUGUAUGUGGCUGUGUGUGUCUGUAAGUGUGUGCAUAUUAAUGUGAUUGUAUAACUGUAAGUGUGUGUCUAUAAUAAUCUGACUGUAUGUAAGUGUGUGUAUAUUAGUGUGACUGCAUGUCUGUGAGUGUGUGCAUAUUAGUGUGACUAUAUGUCUGUAAGUGUGUGUAUAAUAUUGUGACUAUAUGUCUGCGAGUGUGUAAAUUAAUGUGACUAUAUGUCUGCGAGUGUGUGUAUAUUAGUGUGACUAUGUGUGUAUAGUAGUGACUGUAUAACUGUGAGUGUGUGUAUAUUAAUGUGACUGUAUGUGGGUGGGUGUAUAUUAAUGUGACUGUCUGUGAGUGUGUGCAUAAUAAUGGGAUUGUAUGUCUCUGUGUGUGUAUAUUAGUGUUACUGUGUAACUGCGAGUGUGCGUGUAUUACUGUGACUGUAUGUCUGUGAGUGUGUGUAUAUAUUCGUGUGACUGUGUGUAUGUAUAUUGGUGUGACUGUAUAACUGUGAGUUAAUGUGACUCUGUGUAUAUUAGUGUGACUAUAACUGUGAGUGUGUGUAUAUUGGUGUGACUGUCUGUGAGUGUGUGCAUAUUAAUGUGACUGUAUAACUGUGAGUGUGUGUAUAUAUUAAUGUGACUGCGUGUGUAUUAGUGUGACUGUAUAUCUAUGUGUAUAUAUUACUGUGACUGUAUAACUGUGUGUGUAUAUUAAUGUGACUGUAUAACUGUUUAUGUACAUGUGCCUGUCCAUCUAUCCAACCCUCCUUAUCUCCAUCUGUUCAUCUUUCUAUCUGUCCAUCUAUCCAACCCCCAGCUCCAUCUAUCUAUUGUAUUAUAUUAAUUUCUGCAUUAUGUGAUGGUCCGCAGUAUGGCUGCCUCUGCUCGGCCACUAACAGAUGUGGAUUUUUGCUCUGGAUCCCGUAUAGAAGAGCUAAAUAAACUGCUGGAGGAACUGGAGAGGCGGGAGAGCAGCGCAGUAAAAGUGAAAGACGUGUUACAGAGUUGUGUUCAAGCAAAGGAUUACAUCUUCUCCCUGAUUGGUAAGGGACGGCUGGGUCAUCAUUGUGAACUCACAUGGAAGGGGUAGAUGGGAAAUAAAUGGAGGAUAGGUGUCUUGGGGUGGAAGAAGUAGAUUAAGAUGGGAAAUAAAGGAUGGGUGCAUUGGGGUGGAAGGGGUAUAUGGGAAAUAAAUGGAGAAUAUGUGAAGGUAGACUGGAUCGAACUAAGGUGAGUGAGAUGAUGGUAGAUCAGAUUGGACUGGGUGGGUGAGAUGUGUGUAGAGUGGAAUGUACUGGGUGAGGGAGACUGGGGUAGAGCAGAUUGGACUGGAUGAGGGAGACUGGGGUAGAGUAGAUUGGACCAGAUUGGGGUAGAACAGAUAGGACUGGGUGAGUAAUGUGGAGGUAGACUGGAUUGGACUAGGUGAAUGAGAUGGGGUAGAACGGAUUGGACUGAGUGAGUGAGAUGGGGGUAGAGCGGAUUGGACUGGGUGAAUGAGAUGGGGUAGAACGGAUUGGACUGAGUGAGUGAGAUGGGGGUAGAGCGGAUAGGACUGGGUGCUUGAAUAUGAUUAUACUAGAAAGGAUUGAGAUCUUGGAAAUUAUUAAAAAGUUACACCAUGCACUACGAUCAAUUCCGUGAUAUGAAGUGGCCAUGGUGCCUGGAGUCUGUACGUGCAGUGUUUCGCUUUGAAAUUUAAUUGGAUUGGAAGACUUGAUGACAUUGGAGUUAACAGAGUUAGAAGAUUUGAUUACAUUGAGAUUUGGGGCAUUUGAAUUAGAUUGAAGGGCAUGGAAGGAGCUGUAUGUAAUGUAGUGAGGGAGACUGGGGUAGAGCAGAUUGGACUGGGUGAGGGAGACUGGGGUAGAGCAGAUUGGACUGGGUGAGGGAGAUUGGGGUAGAGCAGAUUGGACUGGGUGAGGGAGAUUGGGGUAGAGCAGAUUGGACUGGGUGAGGGAGAUUGGGGUAGAGCAGAUUGGACUGGGUGAGGGAGAUUGGGGUAGAGCAGAUUGGACUGGGUGAGGGAGAUUGGGGUAGAGCAGAUUGGACUGGGUGAGGGAGACUGAGGUAGAGCAGAUUGGACUGGGUGAGUGAGAUGGAGGUAAAAGGGAUUGGACUGGGUGAGUGAGAUGGAGGUAAAAGGGAUUGGACUGGGUGAGUGAGAUGGAGGUAAAAGGGAUUGGACUGGGUUAGUGAGAUGACGGUAGCGUGGAUUGGACUGGGUUAGUGAGAUGACGGUAGCGUGGAUUGGACUGGGUGAGUGAGAUGGAGGUAAAAGGGAUUGGACUGGGUUAGGGAGAUGGAGGUAAAAGGGAUUGGACUGGGUUAGGGAGAUGGAGGUAAAAGGGAUUGGACUGGGUGAGUGAGAUGGCGGUAGAGUGGAUUGGACUGGGUGAGUGAGAUGGCGGUAGAGUGGAUUGGACUGGGUGAGUGAGAUGGCGGUAGAGUGGAUUGGACUGGGUGAGUGAGAUGGCGGUAGAGUGGAUUGGACUGGGUGAGUGAGAUGGCGGUAGAGUGGAUUGGACUGGGUGAGUGAGAUGGCGGUAGAGGGGAUUGGACUGGGUGAGUGAGAUGGCGGUAGAGGGGAUUGGACUGGGUGAGUGAGAUGGCGGUAGAGUGGAUUGGACUGGGUGAGUGAGAUGGCGGUAGAGUGGAUUGGACUGGGUGAGUGAGAUGGCGGUAGAUCGGAUUGGACUUAGUAAGUAAGAGAAAAAUAGACUGGAUUUGACUCGGUGAGUACGAUUGGACUGAAUGAGUGAAAUGGAGGUAGAGUGGAUUGGACUGGAUGAGUAAAAUGAGGGUAGAGCGGGUUGGACUGGGUAAGUGAGAUGGAGCUAGAGCGAAGUGAACUGGGUGAGUGAGAGUGGAGGUAGAGCGGGUUGGACUGGGUGAGUGAGAUGGGGUAGAGCGGGUUGGACUGGGUGAGUGAGAUGGGGUAGAGCGGGUUGGACUGGGUGAGUGAGAUGGGGUAGAGCGGAUUGGACUGGGUGAGUGAGAGUGGGGUAAAGCGAAUUGUAAUGGAUGAGUAAUGUAGAGGUAGAGCAGAUUGGACUGGGUGAGUGAGACUGGGUGUCCAAUCCGCUCUACCAAACUCUCACUGGGGUAGAACGGAUUGGACUGGGUGAGUGAGAUGGGGGUAGGGUGGAUUGGACUGGGUGAGUGAGUGAGACUGGGGUAGAACUGACUUGACUUGGUGAGUGAGGUGGAGAUAGGGCGGUUUGGACUGGGUGAGUGAGAUAGGGGUAGAGCGAAUUUGACUGGGUGAGGGAGAUGGGGUAGAGCGUAUUGGAUUGGGUGAGGGAGAUGGGGUAAAGCGGAUUGGACUGAGUGAUUAAGAUGGGGUAGAACAGAUAGGACUGGGUGAGUAAUGUGGAGGUAGACUGGAUUGGACUAGGUGAAUGAGAUGGGGUAGAGCGGAUAGGACUGAGUGAGUGAGAUGGGGGUAGAGCGGAUUGGACUGGGUGAAUGAGAUGGGGUAGAACGGAUUGGACUGAGUGAGUGAGAUGGGGGUAGAGCGGAUAGGACUGGGUGCUUGAAUAUGAUUAUACUAGAAAGGAUUGAGAUCUUGGAAAUUAUUAAAAAGUUACACCAUGCACUACGAUCAAUUCAGUGAUAUGAAGUGGCCAUGGUGCCUGGAGUCUGUACGUGCAGUGUUUCGCUUUGAAAUUUAAUUGGAUUGGAAGACUUGAUGACAUUGGAGUUAACAGAGUUAGAAGAUUUGAUUACAUUGAGAUUUGGGGCAUUUGAAUUAGAUUGAAGGGCAUGGAAGGGGCUGUAUGUAAUCAUAGUUGGAAUGGAUUGUAUUGUGAGAAAAGUGAAGGGCUGGAAACAUGGAGUGGAUGGGAUAAAAAGUCGGAUUUGGUAAGAAGCAUGCAUGGGGUGUGUAGAGAUCUUGGGGUCUUGGAUGAUCUGGGGUACAGAGGAUUUGAUUGGGAUCUAGGAUGACUGGGAUCAGUAGCAUGGAUCUAAUUGAGAUCUAAGAGAAGAUUUGAAGCUUUUAGACGGUGAGUUUGCAGGUAGCAUGGUUUAGAUCAGGGGUCCUCGAACUCCGGCCCCCCAGAUGUUUCUGAACUGCAACUCCCAUGAUUCUUUGAAUUACAUAGAUAGCCAGAGAAUCAUGGGAGUUGUAGUUCAGCAACAUCUGGGGGGCCGGAGUUUGAGGACCCCUGGUUUAGAUCUUGAAGAUUGAUGGUGUGAAGAUAUAGUAGGGUGUAAGAUAGUUGUUUUGCUGUCUGAGGAACAUAUUGUAUUAAACAGAACCUUGUGUUUUUUUUUUUCUCUCUCCUUUCUUCUCAUGUCUCUAUCUUCAUCUCUCCUCAACAAGGCCAUAUACAUCCACUGCCUUCACCUAACUCCCUCCUGCUACUCUCCGGGGGCUUGUGCUCAGGUUUCCUUGAUGUCUCUCCAAUUGAUCUAGGCUCCCCAACCCCCUUUUUUUCUCCCCCUAUUUCGUACACUCUCUUGGUUCCCAUUCUUCACCUCCCAUCAUCUGAUCCCCUAAUUCAAUGCGCUCCCUGUCAUUAUCAGCUACCUCUUUCCCUGUGGGAUCCCUCACACCAACAUUUCCAACCCACUUCCCCUUAUGUUACCCCUCAUAUGGUUUCUCUUUGGUUUCUCCCAUCCCUACUGUCUGUGGUAUCUAGCAUCCCAACAUCACUGUCCCCGCUCUCACUUGAAAAGGCAGAAUCCUGGGGAAACUGUGUGUCCCUCCUGCUGUCCACCCCUGCUGGCCUCCUCAUUCGCUUUGACAUUGUUCCUGUGGUUAAAGUUCAGGGAUGGCCCCCAGGAGCCCAGUACGUGGAUGACAUUGGAACAGAUGAUGAUGGUACAACAAGGCUUUUUCAUCUCCUCCCAUGGGGUCCUGAAGGCCAGUGGCGAGUGGGCUUCCCUGGAAUUGAAUUAUUCAUGAGAAGAUGUCUCCCUGUGGCUCUCUCCAGGGUUCUAAGGGCCUCUAUGGCUGUGCUGCGCCAUGCUCUCCAGGAAAAAGGUGCUCCAGGUCCAUAUGUGGUGUGGGUCACACUCCUUCAGGCCUGUGCAAGGCUUCCCCAGGGGUAUCUGUGUCGAGAACAGAAUGCAGCUCUUUGCUUCCUCGGACUCCUAGAAGAACUUACCCACUCCUUCUUGCAAGGUUCUUGUCCCAAUCCAUUCCUCCCAGGUUGUGAUCUCCUAAGGGGUAACCCAAUAGGUCCAUACCUAGCCCGCCGGGUAUCAGGAGUUAGGGCACAGCCAGUUCUUCAUCUGCGUGAGGUUGUAAGAAAUGCAAAAGAGGCCGUGAAAGGAGGGGAGAAAGACGAGAAGGAGGAGAGAGAAGAUAAAGGAUCGACUUGCUAUCCAAGCUAGAUGUGUGAUUGUACUGUAACUAGUUGACAGAAUAAACAAAACACCAUUAAUGCUCCUCUAACUUAUAGGGAGCUGCUUCAUGUGGACCUUUACCACAAGGAUCGUCCAAUCACUUUUAGAAUCAGUCUAGAGCCCUGCACUCACUCAACGAAUAGGAAAUGUUACGUUGGUGUAGGUCCUUCUAGUUAGAUUAUGUAAGUGGUUAAAUGUAUAUGAAGAUCCUCAAAUGGGGUAUCCAUAUUGUAUAUUUUGGGAUCCCCCCCUUCCUCUCCCCCACAGAUUGGCUAACCCAGGCCUCAGUGUCGAUCCAGCAGCGAGAAUGGAUGGCAUUUAAAAUCAUAUGUUGUUUGCACAAUUAAUGAUACAGACUAAUUAAUCAUAGUUUUUUCCACUUUAUGUUAAUUUCGUAAUUCACUGAUCAAUAAGCUCAUGGUAACGGUUGAUAUAAAAUUGUAAAAUGUUCACUGGGUACAGACGUGGAGCACGCAUCAUAUAGAGAUUUUACCCAUAAACCCAAUAUCUCGAACAUUUGGCCGCGAUGGAAAGACGAAAUAUGUCGAAGAUUUGUUUGUAUUUGUCUUUUUGUUUUUUUAAAAGAUAUUUACAGUUGAUGGAUGGCUAGCUCACUUUCUACAUAGUCACCAAGAGAAGUAGUGCUGGUAUAACCCGAAAUUCUGCGCAUUUCCCUUUCUUUUGGAUCAAUUGUUUACAUAAAAAAAUAUGAGCCAUGUAUGCAGAAAUGGCACCUUGCCCUUUACAUGUGCAUGGGGUAACUGAAGCAGAGCGGCAGGCUCCUCCCCCAGCGCUUUCUGUAUACCAUCACACUCAGCAUGACGCAGCCUGUUACUGGCAGCCAUUUUCUGCUAUUGGUGACCAUCUGUCACUUUGAAGAGCUGUGAUUGGUGUAGUUACAUUUUCAUUUAAUCCUGCUCUUUAAUUGGAUGCUUUUAGCAGCACCAAUCACAUCACAUCUCCGAAUGAGCAACCAAUGUGAGUGCACAGUACGAUAUUUUCCCCAAUAGCGGUCAAAAAAGGGGGGAGGUGGUGCAUACGAAUCUGAUACUAAGCGGAAAGCGCUGUGGGAGGAGCCAGCUGCUGAAACAUUACCUUUUAUUUGACUAGGAUGACAAAGUUCAGCCAUGAAGCCCAUUCUUUUAUGCUGUUGAUCCAAAAGAAGGGAAAACCCCAAUUACUCCUGCUUUAUGUGUAAAUGAUUUAUAGUGUUUAAUGGGAAUAAUGCUAUUGGCUGGGAUAGUGAGAGUUAGAGUCAAAUUCCAAUGUCCUUAUUAAUAACAUUACAGGGAGACUCAAAACAUGAACUGUGCGUUAUAAUUCAAUUUUAUGUUUGUUUAAACUAUUAAAAUCUUUUAC